CUGCAGAUUUCCCAGGAGCCCUGCCCGAACUCUGGAAAGGAGGCCGAGGGAGCGUGCUGGGCCCGUGGGGUCUCCAGUGGUGGAGGCCCAAAGGCCCGGGACUGCCCAUUGCAGGGUUUGGGACGUGUCUAGCUCUGGGGUCCCUCUUGCUCCCCCGGCCUUCUAUCAGGGAGCUCGAGGAGACCUGAGGCCAGGUCAGUGGGCUCCAGGGACCCCUAGAGACUGCACACUUGCCAGUGUCUGAAGUCCCCAGGCCCCUGGCUCCUGACAGCAUCCCCGCCGAGGAGGGCUGUCCCUCCACCCAGGACUGGGACACCUCUCGCAGGGCAGACUCCUACUGGGGUGGGGCACAGCGCGUCCCAGGGCAGCCACCAGCAGUGGUCUAAAUGGCCCCCAUGGAGAAGGAGGCUUCCGGCACAUUCUCUAGCUCGGUUUUCGAUGGGUGCUUGCUGCCCAGGCAUAAGUGCUUUCAAGAGUGGUUUUGCCGUGGUCCGGUGUUUGGGACAGAAGUCUGCACUAGCAGGAUGCUUCAUGGCCAGCCAGAGGGAGCAGGAGACUGGCCCGGGGCUGCCCAGAAGCAGCUGAGCUGAGCCUGGAACCGUGGGCUGAGCGUGGGGCUCUGCUCUUAGUUCUGGCCUCUGGCCUAUGUGCUGUGCCAGGACCCUGCCUGGAGGGGUCUCUGGGCUGUGGGGAGGUUGGACUUACCUUGUGGCCUGCUUGGUGGCCUCUGUCUGGGACCCUGGAGCAUUGGAGGGAGGGUUGAGUCUGGGUUGGGAGAGAAAGGAGCCCCGGGUGGCUGGACCCAGGGGCACAACCACGCUGUGAAUCGGGCCACCCGUCGGCAUCUAUGCAGCUCCCUGAUUCAUGGGGCUGGAGGGGGCGGAGGCAGGAGAGAUUGUGCUUGAAGGAGGGCGGGGAGGGGCUUUUCGGAGGGAGCUUGCUGCCUGUAAACUCUGAGACUAUUCCAGGCACAGGAGGAGAAAUUGGCUGGAGGUGGGGCAUCCAUGACCAGGUGUCCUGUCCCCUUCCGCACGGCCUCCCUGCCCACCUGUGUCCCCAGCUGAGAUCCGCUGAGGGGAGGGCCUCAGUCUACACUCUCCAGAGCACCUUAGGAUUCAUGCUUUCAUUUGCUGGGGCAGCUCUUCUCACUGCCACUGAACAGGUGCAAAAGCAGAGGCACCCAGGGCGCCUCAGGUCCCCUUCACGUCAUCCCAUCAGCCGUGCCCUGACAGUGGCUCAGGAAGGCGAUUGACACUCCCAACAGCUUUCCUCUUCUCCCUGACCGCUGGGUGGGGAUCAGCAUGUACACCCCACCACCCAUUUACAGGGAAGACCCUGCAGCGGGUGCCCUCGGUGGGUCAGCGGCCUGGCCCUCCCGGGUCUCACAGCUCCCACUGAGGAAGAUGCCUUUUCUAACACAGUUGUUGAAUGAGGGCACAGCUGAGGUGCUGCAAGGCCCAGCAGAACAAGGAGGGGGCCUUUGAGCUGGGCCUUCAAGGGGCCAGGAGUACGUUUGAGGGCACCGUGAGCAGAGGCACAGAAACGAGGACCAGGCGUCCCCAGGCCGUUGGGUGGGCUGCAUGGCCCAGAGCCCGGGCCUGUGCUUGCGGUCCCGAUGGCCCCUGUCUGGCUCUCACAAGCGGAGGAGAGUGUGUCUGAGUGUCGGCUGGCAUCAGGGCUUCCUCCCGUUGCUUUCAAGGCUCCCCAGGCUUUGGCCGGUACAGCCGAUUCUGUGUCGCUCUUCCACCCGUCUCUGCUCUCAGCUUGGGGACGAGGCUUUCUGCAACCCCAAAGAAAGACAUCCCUCCUCUGGACUGACUGAGUGGUCCUCUGGCACCCCAGAGUUUCUGACUUCCCUGGGCCGGGCUGAGCCUGGGGCGUUGGUAUUUCGUAAAGCUCUCCACGGUGAUUCUGAGAACCCCUGCUCUGUACCGCUCUUCAGGCCACAGUGGUCAAACUGAGGCCCAGAGCAGAGCAAGGUCUGACUCGCCAUCAUGCGGUCCGUGGCAGAGGCAGGACGUGAACCCGCCUCUGGACUUCCGGGCUAGCCUUCCUUCUGCUUGUGCACAAGGGACCGGGAGGAGUGUGGCUUCCCGGGCCUUGUGUGGGGUGGGUUGUGGGGCCACAACGUCGCUGGCAUGGGAUCUGACCUGCUCCUGCUCCCAGCCCUGUUCUGAUCCAAGAUGGCGCCAGGGUAGUCACAGCCGGUGGGCCCUCAUCUCACUAAAGACUCAAGGAGAUGGUUGAGUGGGUUGGGGUUGGGUGUGUGGUGUGUUGCCAUGGAGAUGCCCUCUGGUGUUGUUGGGGGGAAGCCAGUUCACGCUGGGAACCUCCUUGUCUCUUAAGGUACACUUUCCAUAGCUCCUUCUUAUUUGCAGACACCUUCACUCGGACUGUCCCAGCUUAGGGUCUUGAGGGUGACCGAAUGAUAGUCAGUUUCUUCAAAGAACAAGUGGUGGGCGGGAAGAGAGCUGGUACCCACAUAAUGAGUGUUGACUUUAUGACAUCCCUGUGCUGGAUGUUCCGUGUUCAUGCAAUCAGUGGGCGGAAACCAGGGGCCGUUCUGCUGGCUGGGGGCAUUUGGCCGUGCCCCGGGACGUUCUUGGAGUCGCAACUCUGCGGGUGAAUGCUGCUGGUUUCUAGCAGACAGAAGCCAAGGGUGCUGAUCAGCAUCCUCCAUUGCCCAGGACGCCCCUACCCCACUAACAGAAUUUUUCCAGCCCCAAACGCCAACGGUGGCCAGACGGAGAAUCCCCCAUGAGCCCCUGGCAGCAGCCCUGGGAGGUGGCAGUAGUUACCACCCUCUUCUUACAGAGGGGGACACGGGAUUUGCACAGGAGACGCAGCUUCUAGUCCCAGGCCUGUGAGUGCAAGGAUGGGGCCCUACGCUGUCUGCCCGGGGAACAGAGCCCCAGCCUUCCUCUCCCGCUUCCUGGGCCGUGGUAUCCUGGUGGGUGGGGUGGGAGGUGAGGGCUGAAGGAUCUUUGUGCCCCUGGCCUCAUUGUGGUUUCCGCGGCAGCCAGAGGCACGAGUUGGGCUCCAGGUUCCCCUCCCUACCCGGUUUCUCUCUUGCGUGGAUCUUCGGGACAUUUUGGCAUUAGACAAAGGGUGGACAGAGCCACGCUGUGGAGAAAGUGACUUCCAAAGCCAGGUCACAUGUGGGAAGGGCCACGCUGUCCCCUUGCCCGGGGCCCCUGGCUGUUCUGUGCAGAUGGAAGCCGAGGUCACUCCUGGCCUCCAGCCCAGGGGAACUCGUCUCCAGGAGGGAGCUCGUGGGCUCCUCACAUUGCACCCAUGAGCUGCCCCAAAUCCGCAGAUGCCCACCUCAACAGGAGCUGCCGCCAGCCAGCGCUCCAGUUAGAGGGGAGCCUGCACAUGCCCAGAUGUGGGGACUGGGCGGGGACUGGGGGACCAGGAAGGAGAAGAGAGCCACGGGACCAAAUAAGCUUUCUGUGAAUACACUGUGAUGGGCGUCACCAGAGGCCACACACCACAGAAGCCCAGUGUAAAUAGUCUCCCUGUUUAAAUGUCCUUCCUCCGAGCCAUUUAUAGAGGCCGCGUGGGAUCCUAACCCUAAUAAGGAUCCUUUGUUCCUGUUUAGGGCUUUAAAGCUCCUUGACAUCACUAUGCUCCCCCUGCCCCCCGACCAGGUUGGUGUGGUCGUUAUUCCCGGUCCAGGCAGUGGGAGAGGUUGAGUGAGCUGCCCUGCUCGCCCAGCCACUCAGAGGUCAGGCAGGGCCCGAAUCCGAAGGCGUGUGACUCGGGCCAGCGCUCCCACCCACGUGCACCGUGCCGCUUCCCGCCCUCUGAGGGGUGCUGGAAGGGACCUCUCGGUAGGAGGAGGGUGUGGUGGUGGUGAGCGGACGAGGGCGCCCUGGUGCCUCCCGGCUCCCCAACUGGUGGCCGGCAAGUAGGAAGGAGAAGGACCACCCGCGUUGACGGUCAUUUACCCAAUUGUGCUUUGUGGGAUAUUCAACCCAAGGAAUGUGGCGCCCCUGGCCGAGCGCAAGAGGAAGCCCAAGUUCUCGAAGGAGGAGCUGGACAUUCUGGUCACGGAGGUGACCCGUCACGAAGCGGUUCUGUUUGGGAGGGAGACCAUGCGGCUGUCCCAUGCCGACAGGGACAAGAUUUGGGAAGGCAUAGCUCGGAAAAUCACCUCCGUCAGCCAGGUCCCCCGCUCCGUCAAGGACAUUAAGCACAGAUGGGAUGACAUGAAACGGAGGACCAAGGACAAGCUGGCCUUCAUGCAGCAGUCGCUGUCGGGCCCCGGGGCCGGGGGCCGGGCCCCCACCGUCGUGCUCACCGCCCACGAGAGGGCCAUCGAGUCUGCGCUGCUCACAGCCCGUUCCCGGCGCAGCUUCCCCAGGGUGGAGCUGGACGGCACGGACAGCCCCUCGACCAGCAAUGACGAAGACGAGGAGGCACCAGGGCCCUCCCAGCAGCCUCUGCGGGGGCCCCGGCCGCGGUCACCAGAGGAAGAGGCCUGUCUGGCCAGGCCCAGCCUGCUCCGCUCCUCCUCCUCCUCAGACCAGUCUGAGCCCAUGGGCGCCAAGCCAGAGGCCCCGGCCCGGCCCUCGCCCCAGGCCCAGGCCGCCUGCAGGACCCCUCGGCCACACCCCAGCGCGGCCAGCACGGGCCUUGACUGGCAGCUCCUCCAGGCCCACGCCCAGCAGACGGAGGCGCUCCGUCAGUUCUGCCAGGAGCUGGUGACCGUGCACCGGGACAUGGCCAGCAGCAUGCACAUCCUCAGCCAGGCCAUGGCCGAGCUGACCAGCCGCGUCGGUCAGCUGUGCCAAACGCUGACAGAGAUCCGGGAUGGGGUCCAGGCAUCUCCUCACGGGCCGGCUGGGGCAGCCCCCACGGGCUCCACCCCUCAGACCGAAGCGCCACCGGCAGAGACCUCGCAGCCUCCCCCGGCACCAGCCCCCGCACGGACUACCAGGUCUCGGAAGAGAAAGCACAAUUUCUGACCCCGCCAGUCUCCCCUAGGAGGAAGAGGGAUGGAGAAGGGGUGUCUGGCCAAGAGACGGGGGCUAGUCUCUCGUGUCCAGGACACUUGGGGGUGCUGGGGGCUGUCAUCUCGCCAAGCGCAGGCUGGCUGCCCUGUGCUCUAACAGCAUGUAUUCAGCCCCACUCCCUCAUUUUUGGCAGAUGUUCUAGAUGCAGGAGAGGCCACCCGCUUGAGGCUUGCUCGGCCUGGAGGGCUCGCCGCCUCUGGAUCUGCACCCCAUGGUACCAGGCUUACGGGGAAGGGGGAGCAUCUGGAUGGAAUCCUGCUUGCCAACCUCAGGGCUGCUGCGCCAGCCUCCCAGGCCCCGAAUCUGCAGCUUCUGAAGGGGGUGAGGCCUGAGGACGGGCACGUGGGGCUCAGCCCUCCCAGGAGGGGUCUGUCCGUCCCUCCCCCAGGGCUCGGAGCCCCGGCGGGUGGCGCCCCAGCCUCCGCCUUCCGCUUGCCAUGUGCGUGCGCUCAGCUGCUGUGCUUGCCUUCUGUGGCAUGGGGAGAAGAAUGGGAUGACGUCGGAGGAAAGAGAAGACAACCUGGUGUUCUCAGAGGGCCCUGUGCGCUCGCGCCUGCAUUUGCAGAUGUGUGACCUCAGUGGGUUUUCGGGACAGCUGGAGAGGCAGCCACGUCCGGUAUUAUCAUCAUCAUUAUAACCAUCAUCAUCUGCAUUCCACAGAUGACAAAUGACACCGCAGUUAGUGGGGGGGCCAGGACUGGAAGCCAGGUCUGGGGAUGUCUCCAGCUCCCCGUCAGGGGCCAGAUCUGGAGUGGGGAGGGGUGUUGCUUCUUGCCUGCCCCGCCUCCACAAUCCUGGUGCCAGGGGAGGCAACAGCUGCAUUAGGAGGUGAGUCUGUCCACCCGGCCCCAGCACUAAGGCUGAUGGCCAGUGGCUGGGGGAGACAAAGGGCCCAAGUCUUGGGGUCCACAAGGCAACCCCUCCUCUGGCUUCUAGAAGAACCCAGAGCCCAGGAGGGCUCCUAUCUGUUCCAAGUUCAGCAUGCCUUGCCCCUGCUUGCUUGGGCUGCAUAUGCAUUAGCUACACACAUCUCUAGCUUCCUGUUUCGUUCUGGAGUGUGGGGAGAGAGGCUGAUUCCCAGAGGGAGGGGGGGAGGUGGGGGUGCAGAUGCCAGCUUGGCUCUGACAUGGGCGCAGCUCAGCUCCGUGCCCUCUUUGCUCCCUGGCCUGAGGCUGACCGUAGGAGAAACUGUCAUACCCUGGCCCUCCACCCUCCCACGCCUGCCACCCUGAGCCUUAGUGGGAGCUGGGAGGACCCCAAUACCCUGUGCCUGCUGGGGUGGCUCCUGGAGGGCUGCUUCUAAGCCUAGACCAAGCUUUGUCCCAUGCAGGGAGAAUGGAGGGCACUUGCAAUGUCCCUGUGUCCUUGGCUCCAUCUCCCCAUUCUGUGGUUCUUUAGGGGUCCCAGCUACCCCAAACUGAACAGCCCCUGUCGGAUAGCCCAAAGGCUUGAUCCUUGCCUGACAUUGCCCUGCCGUCCGAUGCUGGAAUCAAAGAUUGCCUUCCCAAGUAUUUUUGUUAAGAUGGCAAUAAAAAGAAAUUGAUCUCUCACUUGGAACACA